AACGCUCGCUCGUUGUGCCCAGCUUGCUCAGUGUCUUAGCAAAUCCUGUCCCAAGAUGAGGACGGGGCUUUCGUUCUGCCUUUCCACAACUCUACAUACCUGAGGUAUUACUGCCAUGCUUCCUUCCAGCCCCCAUGCUUCUCCCAGCUUCCUUGCCGUGCACGGACAUCUCUCGCGUUCCUUAUGCAGAACCCGUGGGCCAUCUGCAACAUUGUCAACAGGCUGAGUUCUUUCACCGUGGUUAUGUCUCUUCAGACUUCUCUCACAGAUUAUAAGAAAACUACUUGUCAAAGCGUUCUGAGCUUUUACAACGAGGGUUUUUUCUUUCUUUCUUUUUUUUUUCCUGUCACAAGAGGUGACCUAAACUUUUUCGCCAUUGCAUCCAUGUCUGUAAAAUAGUAUUUACCUCCACUUUCUUGAGGUGCUCAUCAAAGCCUUCACUGCCACUAGGUGCUGGGCUUCUAGGGUGUCUGGGGGUGGCCAUGGAGGGUAUGAGCCGGUGUGCAAAGCAUGCAGGACUGGGAGCGAUACGGAGGGAAGGAGUGGCAUGGACAUUUUGUGUACACCUAGUGACAGGUCUUUCAUGUCCACUUUCUUAUUCCCCAGUUCUGCUGUAGGAAAAGAUUGAAAUUAUAACGAGGUAAACUUUGCAGGCACGAGCUCCACCAUUGAGCCACCAUGCACUUGGCUUGGUGUGAAGCUUUUCCAUGGCCGUAGAACAUGGCCACUGAUAAUCUAAGCAUACCCUGGAUUUAGAGAUAGGUUGUGACACAUCGAUUUUAAAGGCUUCUCAGUUCUUAUAGAAUAGAAAAAAAAAUAACCAUGAUAUUGUGGGGAAAAAAAACCCUCCAUCAGAGUCAAUCAAGUAUGUUAUGAAGAGUAAGCCUUGAAGAUGAAGAUAUAAUGUGUGCUCCUACAGUAGUGAGCUGUGCACUUUGAGCUGUACCACUCUCUCUUCACAGUUCCUUCUGUGUUUAAACAAUACUUGGAUGCUUAUUUAGAAAAAAAAAAAGACUACUUCCACCAGUUUCCACUGAAGGGUCUGUUAGGUGACCUCGUUACCCAUCUGAGUUCAUUGGACCAAGUAUUAGGCAUACUUCUUAGCCGGGUUCUAUUCAUUCUUAAUUACCCCGUGCUUUAAAAACAAUGUACAAAUAAUGCUAUCGGAUUUCUGACCCAAGUUACAGUGUGGCCCUCACUUAGCAAAUAGGGAAAUGAAAGCAAGGAGCGCACCACUCGCACUGAGCAGGGAGGGCCUGCCUCUGCUGGAGCAAUCAGGCAGAGAAUCCUGCAGGACCACACAGUUGGCAUCCCCGUUGAGGUUCACUGCAUCCGGAAGCAACGGCUACAAGCAGAGUAAUGAAAUGGCUUCCUUGCCCUUUGGAUGGGCCUGAAGGAUUAGGAAGGCACUUGGGAGGCACAUUAAUCUUGCCAGCGUUGUCAGGAAUGAUCAGCGAGUUUUAUUAAAAAGCCCCGAUUGCCUGAAAGGCCUCCUUGUCUGAAUCUGAAUGGAAGGAGCAUGUUAAGGUCUUGGGGCACGCUGUCGGGACCCCUAGUAUUGCCCCCUGGACCUCAAGCUGACACUUGGGGAAGAAGUGCAGGAAGCUUGCUUUGUUGAACAGACUGUGCCUGUGGACAGAGCUGGCCCUGGCAUCAUGCACUCUCCAGGCUGCACUGGGCCCAAGGCUCAGUGGUUCUUGCUGCUCCAGCUGCUUCUGCUGCACCUGGACCGGGUCAGUGCCACCUUCAUCAGCAUCAACCGGGGCCUGAGGGUGAUGAAGGGUAGUUCUGCCUUCCUGUCUGGAGAUCACCUGAGGGUUGCAGUCCCUAAAGAAAAGGACGCCUGCAGACUGGAGGUGGUGAUGAACGAGCCCGUAACCCAGAGGGUUGGGAAACUCUCUCCACAGGUCUUUGAUUGCCAUUUUCUUCCCAACGAAGUGAAGUAUGUUCACAAUGGAUGCCCAAUUCUGGAUGAAGACUCUGUGAAGCUUAGACUUUACAGGUUUACUGAAACAGACACCUUCAUGGAAACCUUUCUCUUGCGGGUUUAUCUUGUGGAACCAGACUGUAACAUCAUCCGUAUGAGCAGUAAUGUGUUGGAAGUGACUGAAUUCUAUGGCUUAUCGCAAGCCAUUGAUAAGAACCUGCUCCAGUUUGAUUAUGAUAGGACUGCCAGCCUGGAUUGCACCAUCAGACUAGACCCACUGAGGACUCAGCUGCCAGCUCACGGCAAGCUGGUCGUGGUGAAUCGUAAGUCAGAGGGGCCUCGUGGAGAUCAGCCACACAGCUUCUUCUCUGAGACAGAGCUAGGGGCUGGACUGAAGUGUCCAGAUGGAAGCUGUGCCCUGGAAUUGAAGCAAGUGGCAAGUCUGAAAGUGAGCUGUGAGGAGUUUCUGCUGACGGGGUUUCACUACCAACACAUGCAGCCCCCUUCACCCAACAUUGAUUACAUCCCCAUUCAGUUGGAUCUCACCGACAGAAGGAGCAAAACCGUAUACAAGUCAGAGAGUGCGUGGUUGCCUGUCUAUAUCAGAGUUGGCAUUCCUAACCAGGUCCCAAGGGCUGCAUUUAUGGCCAUGUUUGUUCUGGAGGUGGACCAGUUCAUACUGACCCCUCUGACAACCUCCGUUCUGGACUGUGAGGAGGAUGAGACUCCGAAACCCUUGUUGGUGUUCAACAUCACUAAAGCCCCACUCCAGGGCUAUGUGACCCACCUGCUGGAUCAUACCAGACCCAUCUCUUCAUUCACCUGGAAGGAUCUCAGUGACAUGCAAGUUGCCUACCAGCCACCAAACAGCAGCCACCCUGAGAGGAGACAUUACACGAUGGAGCUGGAGGUGUACGACUUCUUCUUUGAGAGGAGUGCCCCCAUCACUGUCCACAUCUCCAUCAGAACAGCAGACACGAAUGCACCACGGGUGUCUUGGAAUACAGGUUUGAAUCUCCUAGAGGGGCAGUCUCGGGCCAUCACUUGGGAACAAUUUCAGAUCGUUGACAAUGAUGACAUUGGUGCUGUGCAGUUGGUCACCAUUGGUGGCCUGCAGCAUGGACGGCUUACAGUACGAGAGGGGAAAGGAUUUCUCUUCACCGUGACUGACCUUCAAGCUGGAGUUGUCCGCUAUCAUCACGAUGACAGUGAUACCACCAAAGACUUUGUGGCUUUCAGGAUAUUCGAUGGCCACCACAGCAGCCACCACAAGUUUCCUAUCAACAUCUUGCCUAAAGAUGACAGCCCCCCAUUCCUCAUCACCAAUGUCGUGAUUGAACUAGAAGAGGGGAAGACCAUCUUGAUCCAAGGGUCUAUGUUGAGAGCUUCAGAUAUGGACUCCAGUGAUGACUACAUCUUCUUUAAUAUCACAAAGUUUCCACAGGCUGGGGAGAUCAUGAAGAAGCCAGGGCCAAGACUGAUAGGGUAUCCUGUCCCUGGCUUCCUGCAGAGAGACCUGUUCAGUGGAAUCAUUUACUAUCGUCACUUUGGUGGAGAAAUCUUUGAAGAUUCCUUUGAAUUCGUACUGUGGGACAGCCAUGAGCCUCCAAAUCUCUCAGUGCCACAGGUGGUGACAAUUCAUAUCACUCCAGUAGAUGACCAGCUUCCUAAAGAAGCUCCUGGCAUUUCCCGGCAUUUGGUUGUCAAGGAAACAGAGGUGGCCUACAUCACUAAAAAGCACCUACAUUUCCUAGACAUGGAAUCCCGUGAUGGGGAACUCAUCUACACAGUAACACGCCCUCCAUGUUUCUCCUUCAGCCACAGACACUUGGAUGCUGGGAAGCUAUUCAUGGUGGACAGCAUACCAAAGCUAACCAAAAAUCCGACAGCCCCAGGGCUAAGUUCAUUUACUCAGCAUGCCGUGAACCAUAUGAAAGUGGCCUACAUGCCACCCAUGCAAGAUAUAGGCCCCUCCCCUCGACAUGUGCAGUUCACAGUGUCUGUCAGUAACCAGCAUGGAGGUGCUUUGCAUGGAAUCUGCUUCAACAUCACAGUUCUCCCAGUGGACAACCAGGUUCCCGAGGUAUUCACCAACACCCUGAGAGUGGUCGAGGGCGGUCAGUGCACCAUCAGCACAGAGCACAUUUUGGUUUCUGAUGUGGACACCCCGCUAGACAGCAUCAGCCUCUCUCUUAAGGAGAGGCCUCUGCAUGGCGGGGUAGAGCUGGACGGAUUUCCUCUAAACCCAAGAGGCACAUUUUCUUGGCGAGACCUCAAUACCUUAAAAGUUUGGUAUCAACAUGAUGGAUCUGAGGUUCUUCAGGAUGAGAUAUUUUUGGAGGUCACAGAUGGCACAAAUUCAGCAGCAUUUGUUCUCCACAUUGAGGUGUUCCCUGUGAAUGAUGAGCCACCCAUUCUGAAGGCUGACCUCAUCCCCAUGAUGCACUGCUCUGAGGGUGGAGAGGUGACCAUCACCCCUGAAUACAUUUCCGCUACUGAUGCAGACAGCGAUGACUUAGAACUGCUGUUUCUGAUUGCCCGAGAGCCUCAGCAUGGAGUGGUGAGAAAGGCUGGACUUCACGUGGACAGGUUCUCUCAGGGAGAUGUCAUCUCAGGGGCUGUGACAUACAAACAUACAGGUGGCGAGAUUGGCCUUGAACCUUGUUCUGACACUGUUGUAUUGGUGGUUUCGGAUGGUGAAGCUGACCCUUUGAUGAACGGCUGUUGCUACGAUGGACCUGAUUCAUCUGUUCCUCUUCAUAAGUCCUUCCCCACAUACCAGCUCAACAUCACAGUACAUCCAGUCGACAACCAGCCACCUUCAAUUAUAAUAGGUAGGAUGCUCACAGUGGAUGAAGGCUUCUCAGCAGCCCUUACUACUCAUCACUUGACUGUUGUUGAUUGGGACACUGCCCCGGAUGACUUAAAAUUCAUGUUGGCUUCUCAGCCCCAGUUUGGCUACUUAGAAAACGCACUGCCUUCUGCAGGCUUUGAGAAAAGUAACAUCGGCAUAAGGAUAGCCUCAUUCCAGUGGACAGACAUGAAGGCUUCACACAUUAACUAUGUGCAGUCCAGGCACCUGAGAGUGGAACCAACUGCUGACCAGUUCACAGUAUAUGCCACAGACGGGAAGCAUCGCUCCUUGGAGACAACAUUUCACGUUAUCAUCAACCCCACAAACGAUGAAGCUCCUGACCUUGCAGUACAGAACAUCACUGUGUAUGAGGGGCACAUGGUAGAACUGGAUUCUUCCAUCAUCAGUGCUACUGACAGGGAUAUUCCCAAGGACCCCUUGCUCUUCAGCAUCGCUCUCAAGCCCCAGCACGGCCUGCUCGUCGAUGCUGCCAUCAGCAAGGACUCCCAUCAGAUCAAGCAGCUGCAACACGAAAUCCACAGCUUCUCCGUGGACCUUCUCAAGAAUGGAAUGAAGCUGGUCUAUGCCCACGACGACUCAGAGAGCUCUGCUGAUAACUUCGUGAUCCAGUUGUCAGACGGGAAACAUAAAAUCCUUAAAACCAUCUCAGUAAACAUUACCCCAGUGAAUGACGAGACACCAACGCUAAGCAAGAAGGCUGAAAUCUCAAUGGCUGUGGGCGAUACUCGCGUCCUGUCUAGUGCUGUUCUUUCAGCCACAGAUAAAGACUCGCCCAGAGAGAAGAUUCACUAUGUAUUUGAAAGACUUCCCCAAAAUGGACAACUUCAACUUAAGAUAGGGAGGGACUGGGUCCCUCUCUCCACUGGCAUGCAGUGCACCCAGGAGGAUGUGGACCUGAACUUGCUAAGAUACACGCAUGCUGGUAAAACGGACUCCCAGGAUGGAGACAGCUUCACCUUCUACCUCUGGGAUGAGGACAACAGGUCACCUGCAUUUGACUGUCACAUCAUCAUUGAAGACAUGGGCAAAGGUGAUAUUGUCAUUCAUGCAAAACCACUCGUGGUAGUCAAAGGUGACAGAGGUCUCUUGACGACUGCCACCCUUCUGGCUGUGGAUGGAGCAGACAAGCCUGAGGAACUGCUCUACCUCAUCACCUCCCCACCACGGCAUGGCCAAGUGGAGUACGUCCACUCUCCUGGAGUCCCCAUUGCCAGCUUCAGCCAAAUGGACAUAGCAGGACAGACAGUGUGCUACAUACACAAGAGCAGGACAGCUGUCCCCACUGACAGCUUCAGAUUUACCAUCAGCAAUGGACUGCAGACCCAGCGUGGGGUGUUUGAAAUCACACUGCAGACUGUGGACAGCGCCUUGCCUGUGCUGACCAAGAACAAAAGGCUGAGGCUAGCCGAAGGGGCCAUGGGCCUCCUGUCCGCUGAUCACCUUCAGCUGACUGACCCCGACACACCUCCAGAGAACCUGACCUUCUUUCUGGCUCAGCUCCCACGCCACGGGUACCUCUUCCUGAGAGGGAAAGCACUCCAACACAACUUCACCCAGCGAGAUGUGGACAGCGGGGGCGUGGCCUACCAGCACUCAGGAGGCGGCGCCCGGGAGGACUAUUUUACUUUUCUAGCCACAGACAGGAAGAACCAAGGCUUUGUUGUGGAUGGGAAAGUUCAGAAAGAGCCUGUUCGCUUCACAAUCCAGGUGGAUCAGCUGGACAAGGCAGCGCCCCGUAUCACACACUUGCACUCCCCUACUCAAGUGGGGCUCUUGAAAAAUGGCUGCUAUGGGAUUUACAUCACUUCCCGUGUGCUGAAGGCAUCAGACCCUGACACAGAGGAUGACCAGAUCAUCUUUAAGAUUUUACGAGGCCCAUUGUACGGACGUCUGGAGAACACAACAACAGGUGAAUUCAUCCACGAGCGAUUUAGCCAGAAGGACUUAAGCCAUAAGACCAUCCUUUACAUCAUAAACCCUUCUUUGCAAGUGACUUCCGAUAUCCUGGAAUUUCAGGCCAUGGACCCCACAGGGAACACUGCCACUCCCCAGAGCUUGGACUUGAGAUGGUCGUAUAUUGAAUGGGCCCAGACUGCAUAUGAGGUUUGUGAGAAUGUGGGCUUAUUGCCCUUGGAAGUUACCAGAAGGGGAUAUCCCAUGGACUCAGCCUUUGUGGGUGUAGAGGUUAACCAAGUGUCAGCUACAGUUGGAAAAGAUUUUACUGUCACUCCAUCCAAACUGCUUCAAUUUGACCCAGGAAUGUCAACUAAGAUGUGGAAUAUAGCAAUUACCUAUGACGGAUUAGAGGAAGAUGAUGAGGUCUUUGAAGUAAUUCUGAACUCCCCUGUGAAUGCGGUUCUUGGCACGCAGACAAAAGCGGCGGUGAAAAUUUUGGACUCAAAAGGAGGACGGUGCCAUCCUUCAAAUUCCUUCAACCAAAGCAAGCACAGCACGUGGGGGAAGGGCCCUUGGCAUCCGCUGCCCUCAGGCUCAUCCUCGCUCACCACUUCAGGUUCUCCUCUUCUGGAAAGGCCUCCUCCAUCUUUCACCAGUGGAGAUGCUCUUCAGGGUUUUGGUCUCACCGACCUCACUCAAAGGAAGACAAUGACCCAGGGGAAUGGCAAAUCAGUUCUCCCAUCCUCUGUUUGUAGAAAUGGGACAGACACCAUCUACAAUUACCAUGGUAUAGUUUCCUUGAAACUAGAGGGCGACAGAUUCUCAGCUCACAAACGGAAGGCCAAAAUAUCCAUUGUUAGUCAGCCACAGAGGACAAUCAAGGUGGCAGAGCUGCCUCUAGCUGAUAAGGUGGAAUCCACAACUGAUUUGCACUUUCUCAGACAGGGUCUGCGGCCCUUGUUUCCAAAGAAUUGUUCUGUGGACUUAAAGGGACUCUUUCAUUUUGAAGAAAGCACCCACAGAUUGUAUCAAUGUGAUGGGAUCUCCUGGAAAGCCUGGAGCCCCCAAACCAAGGGGCUGGAGGACAGAUCCUGCCCAGGUGGAUGGCUCCUUCAUUCUGGCUACUGUCACAUCUUGGUCACAAGACAGAAAGGCACCUGGACCACAGCUACCCGAGCUUGCAGAGAACAGCACCAGGGCGACCUUGUGACCGUACUCUCCAGAAGGCAUAUGCAGUGGCUAUGGGCGAUGAGUGGAAGAAAACCCUUCUGGAUAGGCUUGAAGAACCAACCGAGGACUGGCCACUGGGAGUGGAUCGGAGGUGAACCUGUUGCUUUUACCAACUGGAGGAGAGGGGCCCCUCUGCACCCAAAACCUGGAAAGAACUGUGCUUUGGUUCAGAAAAGAGGACAAUGGCAGACAAAGAACUGUAGCAAAGGCAAGGCUCACAAUUUUGUGUGCUCAAGGAAACUCUGAACACAACCUAGCCUUUCUCAUUCAUCUAUUUACAAGAUCUAUGUGUAUUGCCCAGUGAAGAUGCGUUGUUGUGGCUGGCUGGGCAUGUCUUUGUGAGUCUGUCAAGCAAACCUGGAAGCUAAAUCAACAGUCCCAGGGAGAUGACUGUAUGAAUGUGCCUUUCAAGAUGAGAUACAACUUCUGUAUCUCAAUAUUUUUCUAGAUAAAUGUCUACAGUAUUAUAGGCUAAAAUAUUUGCUUCUUCUAGAAGAUUCAGACUCUUUCCUAUGCCUACUCUCAGGCAAUACAAAUAUCCAUGGACCUUAAAUGCUUUUGUCUGUAGACCUCCAAUGAGUCCACCUAGAAAGGUCGGUAUUGCAGGUGCUUCUACCACAGAGUUUGAGUGGAUAUAGUUCUGUAGAUCCAUUAAACCAAGGUUGAAUGCCAAAGGUUGGUUUAUUUCCUUAGGCCCUUUAAAUGUGAACUUAAAACCAGAGGCUAUGUGUAGACAAAGGGGCUCUGUUUUGAAUGGAAGAGUCUUUCAAGAGGAUGCUCAACUAUAUAGGUUUAGUGAGGUAGGGUCAGAGGCCUGCCUCUAUUGGAGAGCUCAGAUUCAGGCAAGGCUCUGACUCUACUAGGGAGAUCAACCCAUUCCACUCGUGAGACAUGUUACAUUCCAAUACAAUUAUGGCAUUGUGCCAUUCCUUGACUAACUAUUGGGUUUUCACACCUUCCAAGGUCGUAUAAACUUUGAAGUAGCAAUAUCUUCAUCUCUAUUUACUAUGUUGACAAGUCUUUUUAAAGGAUAUGUGGAAUAAGGAGUGUAUAUGAGUAUGGUUGACAUACAGAGGAAAAGUGCCACUCCCUUGGAAGUACCUUCAUGAACUGUUCUGAUGACCAAAGAAAAGUAAUACUGGAAACAGACCUUUUGAAAGGCCAGACUCACUCUUGGAAAGGAUUUUGAUGUGACUUUGAGCCUUUAAAUCUGUAAUAUUUGCAGAGACACUCUUCUAAUUAGAUUCUCCAAUAGAGGGUAGCUUAUUAAUUUAUAAACUCAGUUGAGUGAGACAUUUUUGUAGCAUUCAAGCAUGCUGUGCUUCUCCCAACAAUCCCUUCUGGAGCCCAGGGUUAAUUAUAGGAAGUCAGAACGUCCUUUUUGAAAUGUUUAUUAAAAUUUUUCUUUUCAUAAUCUCUAAAAAAUACAGCUGUGCCAAAUAUAACCUGUCAUAUGAGCACCCGUGUAACUUUAGAAUUAAAUGAGGUGUUCAAGUAGACUAGAGCUUUAGGGCAGACUUUUUAAAUAGAAUAAUAAUAUCUCGAGUGUUAUAGACACUAAAAAUGGCUUAAGAAAGUCGUUCCAGUUUCUGGAUAUAAAACAUGACAGGCUUGCUUCAUUUCUGCUCAUUUAUCAAAGUUUCGGUUCAUAGAAAUUUUUACCUAAGGUUAGGAUAAGACUCAGACAUUCUGUCUCUUGCUGAAAUCCAGAUGUAAUUGCAGAGCCGGGUGCUCUUAGCUUGGAGGUUUGGAGAAGUUUGUAGACCGUAAGUGCAAAGGCCUGUGGAACAUAAGGAACCUUUAGUGUUUAACCCAAACAGGUCAAAUCCUUCCUCCACUCGGGCUCCAGCCAAGCUCCUUGUAACCUACUGGCUUCUACACUGUGCAAAGUUGGGAUUCAGCGUGCAGGAAAGAGGGUGGAGUUCUCCAGUUCGGAUACUGAGGAAUUCAUUCUAUAGCUGUGUGCUCCGUUAAAGCUGGAAAUACAGAACUAGGCCAACCGUGCUCAACCUGCGCGGCACAGCUAGUUUAUUACACUUUCCUGCACUGAAAAUGGCAUGGCUGUAAUUGCAAGUGGUUAGUUAGUAUAGGGAAUGGUUUGGGAAGAGACCCAAUUAGUUUCUUCCAAUUAGGAAAAGACCAUUUUGAAAUUUUCUUGAUCAUGAAAGCUUUACCAAAAUGUGGAAUCGGGUCUAAGUGAUUGGCAGAACACACAAGGUCAGGCAAGCUUAGCUGAUGGACAUGGCUGUCAGGGUUGAGGAGGCAAGGCUGGAGAUGCCAGUAGCCAAGAAGAACAUACAGCAGAGGGCUGAUUAUUGCCCUUCCCCCUCUAACUUGAAUGCCCACUCAGGAGCUUCUUAUGUGCAAGGACAUACAUGAAGCUCAAUGGUAUAGAACUUUUAAAUUUUGUUCUGAUAGUUGAUCCUUAAAGAAUACAUAGUAUAUGUUUACUGAAGAUAAAUCUUAAAAGCUGGCGCCAAUCAUUUCCUCCUCUUCCCUGGAGUGAUACAAAGAAACUGAGCAACCUUUAUUUGUAUUUCUAGUUUAGUUUAUUUUUAAUACAACCCAAAUAUGCACGUAUUUUAAUGAACACUGUGGUUCUAUGUAAUUUAAAUCAUCAACUGGUGCUGACUAAUUUCUGUAAGGAAGUAGCAUAUUAACUGUACUAUAUCUAGUGUUGUGUCAAAGCCAAUAAAAUAAACAUGUCUAAUUCUCAGACACUGUA